GCGGUCAGUCGUCACUCGCGGACCUCGCAAUCUCGCUAUUCGCCUCUCGAAACUUGACUUAGCACAACGUGUUCGUGAUUUUAGUUGUGUUUAUUAUUCUUAAUAUUGUGUUUUGUGAAACUACUGAAGUAAAGCAUUGAAACAUGCCGUGUAACUGCGAGGCGGAGGUGGAGCUGGCGGGUGCGCGCACGCACCACGCCAGCUGCGAGUUCAGACUCACUGGCGCCAACGGCCAUGUCCAACACACACCACAUAGAAAAGUCCACGAUGAAGAGUACGUCCCGUCCGAAGACGACGAUGACGAAACGAGAAGCAGCAUUAGAUACCCAGAUGGCACGGUGCGGCUACGGAACCCCAACAUUGAGCUCAUGGACCAGGACAUCCUGUAUCACCUGGCACUCGGCAGCGGCUCGCACGACCUCGUCGAGAUGUUCGGCGAUGUUAAGUUCGUCUGCAUGGGAGGCACGCCAAAGCGCAUGGAGCAGUUCGCGUACCACAUAAUGGCGGAGAUCGGCCACAAGCUGCCGUGCGGCACCACCCUGCAGGACAUCAGCCAGUUCUCCUACCGCUACUCCAUGUACAAAGUGGGACCCGUGCUGUCUAUCAGUCAUGGCAUGGGCAUCCCAUCAGUGGGCAUCCUCCUCCACGAAGUGAUCAAGCUGAUGUACCACGCCAAAGUCCGGGACCCUGUGUUCUUCCGGAUCGGUACUUGCGGCGGCGUCGGCUAUGAGGGAGGCACCGUUGUCAUCUCUGAUGAAGCUGUUGACGGCGCGCUGAAGAAUGCUCUGGAUCUGACGGUGUUAGGCAACAUGGUGUCACGACCGGCAAAGCUGGACCGGCGGCUGGCGCGCGAGCUCCGAGCGCUGGCCGACCCCGAGGACCCGUACGACACCGUCACCGGCAAGACCAUGUGCACCUACGACUUCUACGAGGGCCAAGGGCGGCUCGACGGCGCAUUCUGCGACUUCACCGAAGCAGACAAGAUGGAGUAUCUAGAGCGGGUGCACAAGGCUGGUGUUGUGAACAUCGAGAUGGAGUCACUCGCGUUCGCGGCGCUCACACACCACGCCGGCAUCAAGGCGGCCGUCGUGUGUGUCACCCUGCUUGACCGGCUUAAGGGCGACCAGGUACUCGCUCCCAAGGAAGUUUUGGAUGAGUGGCAACAGAGGCCGACGAAGCUUGUCUGCCGCUACAUUAAGAGGUAUCUGCAGAUGAAGGGGCGCCUCUCACUGGACGGGCACGGCUCGGUGGCCGUCAAGAGCCCGCGCCGGUUCAAGCUCGUGCAGCAAGAGUCGGAGACCUACGACUAAGAUGCCAGGGCGAGUAACUCCUCAGUCUCCUCAGUCAGCCGCCAGCUAGGGCAAGUAACUCGGUCGAUAGCGUUAAGAUACUCGUAACUAAGGCAGUCAUCGGCCCGUUGCUAUGUGUAAAGUUACAUUUACGGCACAGGAGACUAAACUAACCGAUAAGCCGCAAAGAACUUUAGUACCUACACUUUAUCCAGAGUUAGAUGAAGCAAACUGACAGCGUUUAGAUUUUUUUAUUAUUAAGGCAAUAUAAUGUUUCAAAACUAAGUACAAGAUUGUAGCAUAACGCGGUAAUCUCAUAAAAUAUGCCCGUAAACUUCAGUGUAUUUUAUCGAAUUCUGGAUGCAACUGCGAUACGCGAUACGCGAGAGAGCGGAGAAGCCGCGCACUUUUGUUCUUACGGAUGGAUAUGUGUAAACUUUCAGAAUGAAUGUUUAAUACUGUUGCUCUGAGUAGUUCAGUUUUCUGUGGCCGUCUGACAUAUCUGGGAGGCUAGCGGCAUCUUGCAUUAUAUAUUAUGAUAAUGUAGCAUGUAUGGUGCCAACCGUGACAUUUGCGCCAAUAUUUAAGGCACUAAGCUUCACUGACUAUUUGACUAUACGGAAAUACUGUUUUAAUUCUCUUAUAUAUCUAUCUAUCUCUUUAAGGGCCACUUGCACCAUCCCACUAAACCGGGGUUAACCCGUUAACCCAGUGUCAAAUUGUACUGGUAAUCAUGGUAACUCCAGGUUUAACCAGUUAACCCCGGGUUAGUGGGUUGGUGCAAGUGGGGUUGUCUAUUCCUUUUUGGUCUAAUUUUUUUUUUGUUGUAUUCAAAGAUGUGUGCUUUGAAAUAUCGGGCUAAAUUAGAAGCAUAGAAGGAGGCCCUUCGCGGUCCUUAACCAGUUUUUACAUUCCUGUUGCUACAGAUAGACGAUUGUGAACUAUGAAAUUUCAUCUAGUUUCCUGGUUCGUUUAUUAAAUAUAGUUUUAUGAAAAAUGGACAUGUCUAUAUAUUAGGUAUAUCUAUAUAUUCCUGUAUUCUUAUGCAAUAUCCUAAAGUUCAGGCCUGAAAGUGACAAAACUUUGCGAAAGUUGGAGGAUGAUAGAAUUUUCGCUUCGGCCUCGAAUCGCACAUAUAAUAUAUAAACAUAUAAAUAAUAAAAUAAAUAAAUAAUGUGUCGAUUGUCUUUGUCUUUAAAUAAUAUGUCUGUCACUGCCAUCUUCUUUAGUUAAGUACCUAACUACAUAUGUACCAAAAUCGGCCAUUUAAGUAUUACGUACCUAAUACUUAAAGAAGAAUUGAACAUUUUAUUUAUUGAGAUUUAAUUGAAUAAUUUAUCUUUCGCUUGUAUUAGUAAUAUGAAAAGUGUAAUUGUUUAUAACUAAGUAAUCGCGGUAAAUUAGUUUGUGUACCUAGUAAUGUAAUUAUGUAUGUAUGUGCUAUGGUGUUGUACUAGCUACUUUAUAUUAUCCACGUAUUGUGUAGGCAACGGAUACAGCAAUCAAUGUUACUACUGCCAAAUUAUUAAUACGAGUAUGUAUAUAUUCUUACUGUUUAUAAUUUUAUUUAUAACUUUAUCUUGUAUCUACGUAUAUGUUAUAUUUAAACCUCGCGUAUUACUUUUAUAUUGAUAGCUAACAUUUUAUUUUUAGAGAUUUUUCUUAUAUUUAUAUGAAAUUAUUAAAUUCUCGCUAGCCCGUAAUCACCCGGGUUGAUUCAGUUAGAAGGUCGAACCAUACUGUUCUACCUUAGAGAUGGCCAGGGGGCGCCACAAGCCUUCAGGAAUUGUCAUAUACUUGGAAAUUUCGACCCAUGCCAUCGUGACCGGAUAGCCGAGCGGUUCAGGCACCUGUCUGGUAAACGGGGUACGCUGGUUCGAUUCCAGCUCUGGACACUGGAGGCUUUGGUCAUUUAUUCCUUCGUAUGUGACAUUUAUUUCAGACCAUAAGGUACCUAUUGCGAGAAAGUACAAAAGUGUUCAAUGACUUUCGACACCAAAAUUAUUUUUUAAAUACUUUUUUAUUUACAAAGAUCUUAAGAAACACAUAUCGUCAUUUAUUCAAUGACUUUUAUAUUGUUUACAUUUGGACUCAAGUGACUUAGAUUUUCUAAAGUAUUACGUGAAAGUGGUUAAUUGAUAACCAAAUCAGGUAAAAUCGAAGUAGUAUCGACAUAUCAACUGCAUUACAUUUUUUGAUUUAUUGUGGUAUACAAUUUGCUUAUUUUUAAAAGCUUAAAAUUCCCUUGUUUUUUUAUCUAGUUACCUACCUAUGUACAUGUGUGUGUGUUGGACUACAAAUGAUUAUCUUUUGGCAAGUUUGCGUGCAUAUUUUUUAUUCCCAGUGUAUGUUGUGUUACCUCUGCAUUUUAUUUUUAAUAGUACGUUAGUCUAUUGAUAUUAACUAAGUAUUUCUAGUGAGAAUAUUUCGUUAUGCCCAGUGUGCAUUAUAAUGUACACAUACACAUCGUAUCAAUGUAAUUUAAAAUUUUCACAAAAGAAACAAAGUAGUAUUCCUUUUGUUUUUUUAAUGUUUUGAACAAAAUAUAUAAUUUCAACCCAGGAUACUUUACUAAUAACAAAAUUGUAUAGUGUGUUCACGAGGCUAGAAAAGAAGAAAUGUGAAAACUUCUCAGGACGAAGAAAGCCCGUAAAUAGAAAUGGCCGCUGCCGUUUUAGUUUGACUCACAUGACAGAUUUCUCACGGGCUGGGUGUAUUAUUAUACAGUUUUACAACGAACAUUGAGUUUGUUCCGAUAUAAUAGUUAAAUUUACCAGAGUCCCGUAAACUAGCAUUAAAUCGGCGUAUAUGUGUAUGGCCGGCUACGUUGUAUAGUAGAUAAACGUUAUUCAAAAGUUCAAUACAGAUUUUAUGCGCUUCCAAUUAAAUAAAUUGUUACAUGCAAUCAUGCACAAAAUGUUGGCAGACUAUGAUUGUUUCAAAUACAUCGGUAGAUUAGAGUGAAUAUUUUUUAUUUAUAUCAACCCGAUUGUGUUUUAAUGAAAAUUUUAAUAUUCAUCGAAUUGAGAGUGUUAUCAGUAAUUGUUAUAGUAUAAAAUAAUCGAAAUGUAACUAGGCUAUAAGAAUAAUAUGCUUCGGAGAAAGUAACUCGAAAAUUGCACCAAUAUUUAUUACAGUUACUAGGAUGUAUAGUUAAUCACUGUACGCGUAGCGUAGGGAGAGUUGUUAAGUAGCUUUGUAUAAACGAAAUAAAACUGCGUAAGUGUAUCGUCUUAGUUAUUUACGAUACAAGUGCGGAAAAGAGGAAAUUCGAAACGAGUGGCGAUAAAUUAAAACACGACCGCAGGGAGUGUUUUAAAUCGACACGAGUUGCGAAUUACCUAUUCGCACGUGUAAUCGUACAACGUUUUACAGUACAUAUGGCCCUUUAAACUUUCUACAUAUGCACGAAAAGUGCUCUUUACGCACUAGUGCGAGAAAGUAGCACCAUAUGUACUGUAAAGGUUUUUUAACUCCAAUGUUGAUUUUGUUUUACGAUAUCUUCAACUCACCAUAAGCGCCAUGAUAAGUAACAAACUAUGCUACCUAAAUGUUUGCGUUUUGAGAAAUUAUAACUAUUGUAGGUAGUCAAACACCGCUUCGCAACUAAAAACUUUAAUUAUAAUAGCUCAAAAUGACAUGUACUUAAGCUCAUUGUUUGUAAACUGUUAGAGUAAAUGCAAUGCUAUAUUCGGUGUUAACGUUAAUCGGUUUAUGAAGUUAAACGCGUAGAUGAUUUGUUGUUGAAUUGGUUAUUUAGGAGGUUGUUACCAGUAGUUACAUCCACAUGCGCCUACUGAACUAUGGAGCACUGGCUUAAUUUGGACUCAGAAAACCCUACAUGUCAGUAUCAGGUAUCAGUGUAUGUGUGAAAGAGUGAAGUAUCAAUAUAACAGCGCAUUCAUCUAACUUGCAUCUAGUUUAACGCCAUAGCGCUUGGUUAUCUAUGUGUGUGGACAUGCCUAUACACGACGACGUAACUCCACACCGACACAAAUUACUCGACAAAUAGACAUUUAAAAAAAACAAAACGAUGCUAGACUUUUAGCGUUUUAGAAAUGUGUCCUAAAAUGUGUCCGGUGAUAACUACUGAGAAUAAUCUAUUUAGGAUAAGGCUUCUGGACCUAAGGUGCCGGCGGAGCUGAAGACCGCGGUAUACAAACAAUUUAGUAAUAAUAAUAAUAAGGCUAUGUCCGUGAUAUCGGACCCCUGAGCCGUUUAAGGGUUUUAAUGGAUCCCAUUGGGGAAUAUUAUUUCUCAUUUAAAUUAGUGUAUGUUGAAGCUACUUUACUUUUCUAAUUUUUGCAUGAAAAAACUACGUAAUAGUGUCAACUAUAAAUGCGUUUAUAGUUGGUAAAGCAAAUCUUGUCAGCAGAAAAAGGCGCGAAAUUCAAAUUUCCUAUGCGACGAUAACCUAAUUGCCUAAUUUUUUUAAAUUUGCCUCCUUUUUCUACUGACAAGAUUUGUUUGGCCAACUAUAUCUAAUUAUUAUUUGUUAUUUAUUAGAGGAAUUGAACCUUGAAAGACUAAUACAACUGGACAUAAUUGACCUUUUUUGUCUCUUUCGAAAAUUAGAAAGUACAUACCUAAAUUAUUGUGUUAGCUCUUCAGGAAAGUUUCAAAACCUCUUCUUAAUUAGUAAAGACCUCAUGUCAUACUCGAUUCGUUUUUUAUUUUAUUUUUGAACCUGGAUAUUAAAUCUUGGUACAGGCGAGUCCAUAAAUGUAAAUUUAUCUUUUAGGUAUUCUUGAAAAAAAAAAAGAAUAAGUACCUAUCUAAAUGUGCAUUUCAUUAUCAUCAUGAGCUUGACUGUACAAUGAUCAUUGUCUAUCUAUUAGCAGAUUUGACCAGCUAAAUAGUAUUCAAUCAAAAUUUUUAAGCUCAUUUUUGUAAGCUUGUGAUUAAUACUACCAUACCUAAAAAUAAAUUAAUUUUACUAGAAUAACUUACCUACCUAUGAUUAUUUAUCGUAUUAAUAAAUUUAAUUUUGACUCCCUA